UUAGACCGCUGCACGUGUAGGAAGGUCUGCUACACGAUAAUGGGAUACAUGGAUACUUACUGAAGAUGAACACAUCGGAAUACUACGGGAUAUAAACAUGUAAGAAAAAACAUAAACGUCCGUUAACGCGCCUCGAAGUCAUCAAGCCUCUGCCUGUCAACGAUUGUCACCGGAUUGUCGCUAACUGGUGACCUAAAUUCAGAAGACAAUGGAUCAUACAGGUGGGUCAUACAUGCAACAGCCGUUCACCAGCUCGGAGGCUGUUCGCCGCUGCUUCCAUGUUCCACAUGCACCUCUGUCUAGUCAAGUCAACGCCAAAGUGCCACGCCCACCCUAUGGUCAAGGGAGGCCCACAUCAGCUCCAGCUCGGAGGAGUUCGUACACCUACGGGAAUGGUGGCUCACACAAAGAUGCUGUCUACAGCCGAUACACACACGAGACCUCUGUCACAAGGUUCGCUCCCUUUGCAGCCAGGAAGACAGAAGCCUUCAUGAACUCCUCCCUAGGGUACCCGGUGCCCGAUGGAGGCAAGAGCGGCCCCAUCCCAAACUACUCCCCACUGAAUGACCCUCACCUCGUGGAGUAUUUCGAGAGGAGGUUCGGAACUCUUCAACUUGAUGCUCUCCGCAGACAGAGAAACAGCAUCGUUCGCAGCAGCAGCAGCCUUGGUCUUCGCCGUUCUACCACACCACAGAAGGGGGACAUCGUGUACAAGGUGUUCGUUACCACAGGGAUGGAGAAGGGAGCCAGCACCGAUGCCAAGGUAUAUAUAAAAAUGACUGGCACAAAGGGUAAAUUUCCCAAACAUCGCCUGACCAAGAAAGCUGGAUCUGUCAGGUCUAACAAUGCAGUGUCCUUCAACUUCGGUAAGGGCACCACCCACAUGUUCAAGAUAAAGGGACCAAACAUUGGAGAUAUCAAGUCUAUUGUUAUGGAGCAAUCGGGGACCAGCAGGGAACAGAGCUGGUUUCUGGAGAAAGUGAAAAUUUUGAACACAAAGAAUAAGAAGCAGUGGGUGUUCCACUGUGGUCAGUGGUUGUCCUACUUCCACACAGAUGGCCAAACGUCGCGGCAACUCUUCCCACAGGUUCCCUCCAAAACAGAGUACGAGAUCGUCACGGUGACGGGAGACAAGAGAGGAGCUGGUACUGAUGCUAAUGUGUUUGUGAGGAUAUUUGGUAAAACUGGCUCUACAGGCAAGUUCCACCUCCGGAGCAACGUGAAGUCAACAUUCAAACGCAACAGCAGCAAUUCAUUCCGCGUCAGUUCCACCUGUGUCGGACCACUCAGCAAACUCAGGGUGGAGCACGACAACACAGGUCUCGCAGCAGGCUGGUUUCUGGAGAGGGUAGUGGUGACCGACCUCAGGAACCCCAAGUGGAAAUAUUUCUUCCCCUGUGGUCAGUGGCUGGCUACGGAUGAAGGUGACGGCUCCAUCUCCCGUGACCUCGUCGGCAGUCGGGACCCCAUGGCCAUCAGAAAAGUGGGCAAGUACAAGGUGACUGUGUUCACCGGCAAUGUGAAAGGUGCAGGGACCGACGCCAAUGUCUACCUGACCAUGUUUGGAGAGAAUGGAGAUUCAGGAGAGAAACCGCUCAGGAAGUCGAGGAAAAACAACUUCGAGAGAGGAAAGAAAGAUGAAUUCAUCAUUGAAUGUCCACGCCUUGGUCGCCUGGAACGGUUGCGAAUUGGUCAUGACAACUCUGGGUUUGGGCCUGGAUGGUUCCUGGAUAAGAUCAUCAUUGAUGAUGUGGAAAUGGGCUCGGUGUAUGAAUUCCCAUGUGGGAGAUGGUUCGCAUCUGACGAGGAUGAUGGACAGAUAUCACGUGACCUCCUCCUCAACGUUGGACCAAUGGAAGCAGCCCCUGGAAUCCCAUACAUCAUCACCGUGACAACGGGAGACAAACCCAAUGCCGGAACUGAUGCUCGCGUGUACAUGGAACUGUUCGGUCGAGAAGGGGAAGAGACGAGUGGCAAGAUAUGGCUCGAUAAUGGAAACUUUGACAGGAACAAAACUGACAUUUUCAACAUCGGUGUGGCCAGAAUGCUGAGUCCUCUUGACCACAUCAUCGUGGGCCAUGACAACAGCGGCGCUGCACCUGGAUGGUACCUUGAUAGCGUGUCUGUGUACUGUGCCAGUGCAGGUAUUGAGCAGUUCUUCUACUGUGGCAAGUGGCUGGCGAGUGACGAACAUGAAGAGGUCAUCCAGAGGACGCUGUAUGAGCAGGUGUCUCGCAGGAAGAAGAGAGAGAAGAAAAUGACAUGGUUCGUAUGGGUUCACACUUCGGACAUGCAGAACGCGGGCACGGAUGCGAAUGUGUACGUUACAAUGUAUGGUGAGAAGGGAAAGACGGAUGACCACCUGCUGGAAAACAAGGGUGACACCUUUGAACAGGGUAAAAUGGACCGCUUCAAACUGGACAUGACUGACAUCGGCAAACCCUACAAGCUUCGUGUCUGGCAUGACAACAAGGGAGCUUUCUCUGGAUGGCAUCUGAGCAAGAUUGAGAUGGAGAACAUGGUGACGAAGGAUCGGUACAUCUUCACAUGUGACAAGUGGCUGGCCACGGAUGAAGACCAAGCAGAGACUGUCCGGGAGAUGCCUGCUGAGGGGCCCCUCAUAAAAAAACCUGCUUCCUUGACGAACUAUUCAGUGGAGGUCCACACUGGUAAGAGACAAUACGCUGGCACCGACGCCAACGUCUAUGUCAACAUCUUUGGUGAAAUGGGUGACACCGGCAAUCGGAAUCUGAGGAAGUCGAAGAACAACAUCAACAAAUUCGAGAAGGACAAGGUUGACUCAUUUGAAAUUGAGGCUGUGACCUUGAAGAAGUUGAACAAGAUCCGCGUUGGUCAUGAUGGAACAGGCCCAGGGAGCGGUUGGUUCCUCGACAAAAUAAUUGUGAAACAGAUUGGUUCGACAAAAUAUGACACCACUUUUGAGUGCAAUAGGUGGUUGGCAGAGGAUGAGGAUGAUGGCAACAUUGAGCGGGACAUCACAGCCAGUGGUUCACAGAUGCUCAGUACAACCAGGUAUGUGAUAAACGUGAAGACGGGUGAUGUACGUAAUGCUGGCACCGACGCCAAUGUCUCCCUGAAGAUAUUCGGCAGCAAGGGAGACACAGGCAACAUGCAGCUGAAGUCAUCCGAGUCGUCAAGCAACAAGUUUGAGAAGAACAGAACGGACAAAUUCAUCAAAGAUGCUUCCGACAUUGGAAAGAUCAAGAGUAUUCGAAUCGGACAUGAUGGUUCAAAGCCUGGUGCUGGUUGGUUCCUAGACAACGUCUCCAUCGACAUCCCCUCCCGCGGCGAGCAUUACUACUUCGCCGCUCACCGAUGGCUGGCAAAGGACGAGGAAGAUGGCCAGCUGGAGAUAGAUAUGGACCCGUCAUCCACGGAGCAGCGGGAAAAGACAAUCCCAUACGAGGUAACGAUCUGGACCAGCAAAAUGCGUGGGGCAGGGACAGACGCCAAUGUCUUCCUACAGAUGCGGGGAGAAGGUAAGAAGACAGAAGAGAUCCAGCUCCGCAACAAGACCGACAACUUUGAACAGGGGGAGAAGGAAAAAUUCAAAGUUGAGGCGGCAGACAUCGGCCGACUUCAGAAAGUUCGGAUUGGACAUGAUGGUGCUGGUCGAUUUGCUGGAUGGCACUUGGAGAAGAUGCUGAUUCAAAGAAAACCGCUGUCUGGUACAAAGAAAAGACGAAGACCGUCCGAUCUGGAACGGCGCAAGUACACUCGAGAUCACGAGGAGUCUGAUUCCUCUAGCUACAGCCCACCGUCAACGCCGAAACGCCGCAAGAAAAGGACGCACAGAUCGAGUCUGGAGCGGGUGGAUGAGGCAGAGGAGGACCUGUACGAUGGAGACGAGACGGAGGAUUACUGGUUCUUUGUGGAUCGGUGGUUUGCGAAGGGGGAAGAUGACAACCAGAUUGUGAGGGAGCUGAUUCCCACGGACGAGAGGGGGAACAGGCUGAAGGGGACUCUGAAAGAGUUGGAGUAUACAGUGAAGAUCUUUACGGGAGAUAUAUUUGGUGCUGGCACUGACGCCAACGUCUACGUCAACCUCUGCGGCGAGAAUGGAGACUCGGGAGAAAGACACAUGAAAGAAUCAAACCAUACGAACAAGUUUGAGAAAAAUCAGGAGGACGUGUUCAAGGUGAAGGCCAUUGACCUUGGUAAGCUGACCAAGUUAAAGAUUUACCAUGACAACAAAGGUGGCGGGGCUGCCUGGUUCUUGGACAGAGUGGAAGUCGAGGAGCCAAUGAGCAGACGGAGCUAUUUCUUCCCCUGUCAAAGAUGGCUGGCAACCAAUCAGGACGAUGGACAGAUAGCACGUGACCUGGUCCCAGUUGACCAGUCACUGCGGAGGAAACUGUCACGGAAGGACUCAACAGCUAUCAGAGAUGAAAUUGCCCUAGAAACUAAAGCUGCCAUGACAACGUAUCACGUGAAGGUGACAACAGGCAAUGUGUGGGGGGCGGGGACGGAUGCCAAUGUUUACGUCAUUCUCUUCGGAGAGGAAGACACCACAGGCAAGAUGUUUCUUAAAUCAUCUCUCACCAACAAGAACAAGUUUGAGAAGGCCAAGAUGGAUGAGUUUAUCCUGGAAUGUGUAAAGAUUGGAGAGCUGAAAAAAAUCAAAAUUGGCCAUGACAACGCUGGUGGUGGUGCAGCAUGGCAUCUGGACAACGUCGUCAUCGACUGCCCCUCCCUUGGUCGCAUGUGGACUUUCCCCUGCAAUCGCUGGCUUGGAGAGAAAGAGGACGAUGGCGCCAUCGAGCGGGAACUGUUUCCCCAGGAGCUGGCUACCCAAGAAUACAUACCAUGCAUUCCCUAUGAGAUUACAACAUACACGAGCGAUCGCUCCGGAGCUGGGACAGACGCAGAUGUGUUCAUCGUCCUGUAUGGCAAGGAAACAUGUACGCAGCAGAAGCCAUUAUGUAACACCAAGCGUGAGAGGAAGGAGAAAUUCAACAAGGCGGCGGCCGACAAAUUUGUUGUUGAGUUGGAAGAUGUCGGUCAGACCAUUGAGAAGAUCCGUAUCGGCCAUGAUGGUUCCGGGUUUGGAGCUGCUUGGCAUUUGAACAAGGUGGAUGUCCGCAAACUGCACACAACAGGAAAGGGUUCCAUCACGUACGAGUUUCCAUGUGAUCGGUGGCUGGCUCGUAAUGAGGACGAUGGCGCCAUUGUGCGAGAACUGUUGCCGAAGAAGGCCACCAAGGAGGUCAUUGGGAAGGAUGGAGAAGUGAAAGUGGUUGAUCAUAAACUGCGGGACAAACUACAAGCCAAGAAGUACAUCGUGAAUGUCCACACUGGAGGUGAGAAGGGUGGAGGGACAGAUGCUAAUGUGUUCCUGACGAUCUUCGGAGAGCGGGGAGACACAGGCGAGAGGAAGCUUCAUACCUCAGAGACACACCGAGACAAGUUUGAGAAAAAUCAGCAUGACAAGUUCAACAUGGAGGCGGGGGACCUUGGGAAGCUGUACAAGAUCUACAUCCGCCAUGACAACUCCAUGCUGAACCCCGCCUGGUACCUGGACCGUGUGGAGAUCCAGGACACCUCUGACAACCAGAACUACAUCUUCCAUUGUGAGAGGUGGCUGGCCAAGAACAAGGGAGAUGGCAAGAUAGAGAGGCACCUCUAUGUCAAGGGCUAUGAUGGCGAGAUGUCAAGUACAGGGACUCUCAGGUCGACCAAGUACGGAUCUGUCAGCAGCCUUGACUCCAUGAGAACCACAGACCCAUUCGGCAAAAGUCCCCGGCUCAACCGUAGACAGUCCCUCAUGUCCUCCAUGGAGGAAGUACCGGAAGGCCCAACUAUUCCGUACACAGUGAAGGUGACAACAGGCAACGGCGAGGACAACGGCACCAGCAGCAACGUGUAUGUCCGGAUCAUCGGCCCGAAGAAAGUUGACACAGGGAGACUGUUCCUGGAGCUAGCACAAAAGGAAACCUUCGCUGCAGGAUCCGUUGAGACAUUCUCCCUAGAGGCCAUUGAUGUUGAUGAAGUGAAGAGGAUAGAGGUUGGCCAUGACGGUAACGCCCCUGGUACUGGAUGGUUCCUGAAGGAGGUGGAGGUUGAUCUUCCCACCAAGGGCAAGCACUAUCAUUUCACUGCUCAGUGCUGGCUGGCCAGGGACAAGGGUGACGGCAGAAUUAGCCGCACCUUCAGCGUUGAUGACGGACAGAGCUCUGUCACCUCAUACAGACCAAUGUUGCCGUAUGAGGUGAGCAUCCAAACCGGUGAUGUACCGGAAGCUGGAACCGACUGUAAGAUCUUCAUCACCGUGUUCGGUCAGAAGGGGUCAACAUCACAGAUAGAACUGCCCAAGAAUGAAGACCGCUUCGAGAGGGACAGGACAGACAUGAUCAAGCUGGAACUGGAUGACAUUGCUCCCCUGAAGAAGCUGAGGGUAGCGGUAGAGCCGAAGGCUGGUCGCCAGUCCUGGUUUUUGGACAAGAUUGAGCUGCGAAACAUGGAGACUGGUGUGCUCUCCGUAUUCAACUACAAGGAUUGGCUGGGCAAAGGGAAGGAGAAAGGUGAAGGUCGUCUGUCAGUGGAUCUACCAGCCACAGAAAGGGGCAAAGCUGUUAUUGGAAAGACUCAUUACAAAAUCGACGUGCACACAUCAGACAUCCGAGGUUCUGGCACUGAUGCCAAUGUCUACAUCAUUAUGUUUGGCGCCAACGGCGACUCGGGUGAAAUUAACCUUGACAAGUCCGAGACCAACAAAGAUCCUUUCGAACAGGGUAGAACAGAUGUGUUCACCAUCAAGAACAUCCUUACACUCGGGGAGCUCAGCAAACUCCGAGUGUGGCACGACAAUAAAGGUCUGGGGGCUUCAUGGCACCUUGCGUCCAUCGACGUGGAAGACCUGUCGUCCCAUAAGACCUACAACUUCAUGUGUAACCGGUGGCUGUCGAAGAGCGAGGAUGACAAACAGCUGAUCCGGGAACUGACAUGCAGCAACCAGCUCCAGUCUGACUCUGCAUCCUCGGGUAAAGUCGUGUAUGACAUCGAGGUGACGACGACGGACAAGAAAGAAGGGGGGACAAUCCAUAACGCCUGGCUCAUCCUUGAGGGAUCGAAAAAGACAUCAAAACCAUUCCACAUAGAAAACAGCCCGCAGAACAAAGUGCUUCGGAGGGGACAAACAGAUAAUUUCCGGAUGACGUCUUCGGCACUUGGAAAACUUGAAAGCUGCAUUAUUGGUGCUUAUGAACGUGAAGAUCGGCCAAUCACAACAAGUGAAGGGAAAGAAGCGUCCUGGCAUUGCCACGAGGUCAUAGUUACAGACACCACAGGUGGAGGAAAGUUCUUCUUCCCAUGCAAGUCUUGGGUACCUAUAAAUCGCAAAUUCUCCAAGAAUUCUGGCAAACAGCUUGAUGUGAAGAAAGUAGAGGAGAGCCAGGUGUCAAAAACACGAGACUUGGCGCCAGUGAAGUACGAAAUCAUCGUGCACACUGGCAACGUGAAGGGGUCAGGAACCAACGCUAAUGUGACCAUUACCAUAUUUGGUGAAAACGGUGAUACAGGCAAGCGGCCCUUAAAACAGAAAUUCAGGGAUCUGUUUGAGAAGAACCAGACGGACAAGUUUGAGAUUGAAGCUCUUGACCUGGGUGAUCUGAAGAAGAUAAGUAUCGAACACGACAACACUGGCUUCAGACCCGGCUGGUUCCUCGACUACGUGCAGAUUGUAAACAAAGCUAUCGAAGCCACGUUCAACUUCCCCUGCGACAAAUGGUUUGACAAAGACAAGGGCGAUGGAGAAAUAUCUCGGGAAGUCUAUGUCAGACAUGACUAGUGCUCACUGAUUCCCUAAAAACUGACUGUGAUAUUUUGAUCAAACACUGCUUAUUGUGAGACUCCUGAUAUUACAAGGCGUCAAUAAAUCGACUAUUGUUACAUAGACAAAUAGGUUUUAUCUCAUAGUCAUGAAAUAUAUGAUCUUAUCGUUUCCUUUUGAUCAGUGUAAAUUAGAUGUAUUCAUAUUUUAUUAGAUGUAACAAUGUAGUAAUUCUUCCCAAGGAUCUGUCAUUUGGGAGAUGUACUUAAAACUAAUGCUUAACAUGAAGUCAGGAUUGAUGAUAUUUCAGGACAUAUUCAUGACAACUACCCAUAUUUACAUGACAUUUACAAAAUAUAGAUAAUGUCAAGUAUGCAAAUACUGAUAGUCAAUACUAGAUAAUGUUUGCUCCAUGUUGUGAUGUUUUAGGCGUGACACUUGUCAUCUGUUCUCAGGAAAGUAUCAUGUUAGUUUGUCCAUACUUUAUUGUUGAUCCAAUUUGUUUCAAAGUGGCCUUAACCAUGCAAGUGCCCAAAAAGCCAUUACAUAAUUCAUAAGGUUUUCCUCAAGACUUAUUGUACAAAAAUGAAUUUGGUAACCAUGGAAAUUCACCCUAUGAUCCAGGGAAUAGAGUUAUCGAAAGAUAUCAAAUUAUUCAAAACCAUGUUCAAUAUUUUUAAUUUGGGCAGGGGUAUCAGCACUGAGAGAUGAAACCUUUUACAGUUGUUUAACUUGGUAUGGUGUGGUGUUAUGCCAGUUGUAUUGCCAAGAUAUUGUUGCAUUUAGUUAGAUUUCAGGUAUUCUGGCUUUCAUCACACUUGUAUAUUUUUGUGGUUUUCAGAUUCUUGCAGACCAAUUUCAAAAUUUCCAAUUUCAGUAUUUUGUGAUAAAUAUAGUAUGAAGCUGUUUUGUUGAAUCUCUACAUUUAUAAGAAAUAAUGUUUUUGAAAGUGUGGGGAUUGUUUAUUUGGGAGUAAUUUUUUUAUGCAUCUAAAGCUUUGUUCUCUUUGUAACAUAAUGGCACCGAAAAAAGAUAACAUUGGAUGUGCUGUAUGUAUUAUUUUUUAUUUAUGUUUUAUUUUAUUUAUUUUUAAAAUCUUUUUGUUAUUUUCAUUUUGUAUCAUGUUUGAAGUUUUUUUUAAAUCUGUUGAAGAUGGAGAAGAUAAAAUAUCAUUAAAAGUUUUAAAACUAUUUUAAUUUUAUUUUCUGAUUGGUCUUUUCAAAUCUGUAAACCAGUAAAUAUAUAUAAAGUGCUGACUUACUGUCUAUGUUAUUGUCAUGCAGAGCUUUUAACAAAGUAUUUUUGAUGCUGUAGGGAUCAAACGUUUUUUCUAUGGGACCAAUUUUUGCUAGAAGUCUUUUAUAGUUGUUGUAUUUUAUAAAUGUACAUUUGUACAAGGCAGCAUAUAUAUGUAUCUGUGAGACGAUUAUUAUGUACAUACAUACUGGUUGUGUAUAUAUAUGUAUAUAGUUGUUACACCUAAACCACGCGUCUUAAUACACCACACCACACAUUAAUGUUCUCUGUGAUAUGAUUUAUAAAAUGUUUCUAUUUGCCUUCAGAUGGAUUCACAUUGUGCAUUAAUCAUCAUAUUCUGUUAAUUCCCAUGGCAGACGUGAUUUUCAAGUAUUUAUCU